AUGGCUAAGGGCUUCAAGCUUAAACUCUCUCGCGUUAUACCUUCACUUCAAUUCUGUCGACACAAACACCCUUCCACUUUCCCUGAAAAUCCCAUAAUUGCAAAAUACAGGCCAUCUCCGGUGAACCCCAAAACUCGUGAAAUUGCUUACCCUAACGUUCCUGCUCCACCUCCAUCUACCCCGGAAGAUUCGUUCGUCAAAUGUCGCGUGUUCAACAAGAUCGCAUAUGUUGGCUGUGGAAGCGGAUCGAGCACAUGCAUUGAGCAUUCAUCCUCUGAAUAUUGCAGUUCUGAGUCAAUAGAACCGCGAUACGUAAUUAAUUACGAACCCGAGCCUCGCCGGAAAACCUUCAGUGAAACGGCAUUUCCCGGUGAGACUAACAGCGAUACAUCACAAAUUUCAGUGACCAGAAGGAAAUGUAAAAAGAAAGGGAAUGAAAACGGCUGGUUUAGCAGCGAAGAAGAGGAAACCGAAGAGAGUACUGAAUCUAUACAAUCUUCUUCCAUGACUUUCUCGAAUAAUUCCUCUUAUGAUUUCAAUCAAGCAAUUGAGAUCACAAUGGCGAAAUCCGAUACCGAUGAAUGCAGGCCUACGAAAAACAAGAAAGGCAACGUAAAGAAGAUCCAGAAGCUGAAACGCCACGUUUCGUUUUCCAAGGGAAAGAUAUUGAAGAACGAGUCUCAGGUGAGGGUAAUGAGGCAGCGAAAGACUAUUAUACCGUGCGCGGUGGAAGGGAAGGUGAAGGAGAGCGUGGCGGUGGUGAAGAAAUCGGUGGAUCCGUACGAGGACUUCAAGAUGUCAAUGUUGGAGAUGAUAUUGGAGAAGCAAAUGUUCGAGGCCAAUGAUUUGGAGCAGCUAUUGCAGUGCUUUUUGUCUUUGAAUUCGAGGCAGUAUCAUGUCGUGAUCGUGGAGGCUUUCAAGGAGAUUUGGGAGGUUUUGUUUAGUGAUGGAUGA